UCACUAACUCCUGUGAUGUCACAACAGAAAAUGGUUGUAGAUCAGUUUAAGUGUCAACAGAUCAAAUAAAUUGCUGCUCUGUUUACUUCAACGGUUGGAUUACACUAAAUCUUUAGCUUUCAAUAGAAAGUCUAGCCUUAUUGGUCAGCAGUUAGCACGCAACUGUGUUUUGUUGAAGCAGUGGCAAUGAAUUAGGUGAGGAUUUUGAUGGAUUGUGUUUGUGGUACAAAAAUGCAAGUCGUUUGCCCCUACCAGCUUACAGUGUCAUGGGAGGAAAUGUAGAAUAAAGAAUUGAAGCAUCAACAGUGAAAAGGAGAAUGAAAAUUACAAUAGGCUUUGAGCAGACGGAACAAGCUUCAGGAUAAGUAACAGAAAGAGAUUUCUACUGAGAUUUUUUUCAUCUGCCUUGUGAAUACCUGCAGAAUAGUCAAACUGGCGAUGUCAAGAGUACCAAGUCCUCCACCUCCAGCUGAAAUGUCAAGUGGGCCUGUGGCAGAGAGCUGGUGCUACACGCAGAUAAAAGUCGUGAAGUUCUCCUAUAUGUGGACAAUCAACAAUUUUAGUUUUUGCCGGGAGGAAAUGGGAGAAGUUAUCAAGAGUUCAACUUUCUCCUCUGGAGCAAAUGAUAAAUUGAAAUGGUGCCUCCGAGUGAACCCUAAAGGUUUAGAUGAGGAAAGUAAAGAUUACCUAUCACUCUACCUGCUGCUAGUCAGCUGUCCAAAAAGUGAAGUAAGAGCAAAAUUUAAAUUCUCCAUUCUGAACGCAAAAGGUGAAGAAACUAAGGCAAUGGAAAGUCAAAGGGCAUAUCGAUUUGUGCAAGGAAAAGACUGGGGUUUUAAGAAAUUUAUUCGAAGGGAUUUCCUUUUGGAUGAGGCCAAUGGACUCCUUCCUGAUGAUAAGCUGACAUUGUUCUGCGAGGUUAGUGUGGUCCAGGAUUCAGUGAAUAUCUCAGGCCAGAACACCAUGAAUAUGGUGAAAGUUCCUGAAUGUCGGUUAGCAGAUGAGCUUGGAGGAUUAUGGGAAAACUCUAGGUUUACAGACUGUUGCCUUUGUGUAGCAGGCCAAGAAUUCCAAGCUCAUAAAGCGAUUCUAGCAGCUCGUUCCCCAGUCUUCAGUGCUAUGUUUGAACACGAAAUGGAAGAAAGUAAAAAGAACCGCGUUGAAAUCAAUGACGUGGAGCCUGAAGUAUUUAAGGAGAUGAUGUGCUUUAUUUAUACGGGAAAGGCACCAAAUCUUGACAAAAUGGCAGAUGAUUUGCUUGCAGCUGCUGAUAAGUAUGCUCUGGAGCGCUUGAAGGUAAUGUGUGAAGAUGCUCUUUGCAGCAAUUUGUCUGUGGAAAAUGCAGCUGAAAUUUUAAUCCUGGCAGAUCUACACAGUGCUGAUCAACUCAAAACUCAAGCAGUGGACUUCAUAAACUACCAUGCAUCUGACGUAAUGGAGACAUCUGGUUGGAAGUCAAUGGUCUUGUCCCACCCUCAUCUGGUGGCAGAAGCUUACCGUUCACUAGCAUCAGCACAAUGCCCUUUCCUUGGUCCUCCCCGCAAGCGGCUUAAGCAGUCCUAAAGUGACAUUUGAAAAUGGAGUAAAACAUUUUAACAGCACUGACCUGAUCACAAUGUUGCACAAUGCAAUGUAUAAAGUUUUCUGACGUGCUUCCUGCCGUGGGAAAGAUCGUGCUUGGUGUACUAAUGACCUUUCUGCACUAAGUACUUUGGGGAGGAAAAACUAAAACACAAAACUAUUGCUGCAUUGUCUUGAGAACCCUAGACUUGGCUGAAUGGAUUCCUGCUGUUUUGUUUUGUUUUAUAUACACAGUUAACAGAUUUUUAGAUGUUGGCCCAAAAGCAGUAUGGGUAAGAGAUGGAUUGGGAGGGAAGAGAAAAGGGUAGACAUUUAACUUGCACUACUUUAUCUACUUCAGUUCUUGAACUUGAAGCCAGCUUCUGUCAGCACACGAAAAUGAAUGGGCCAUUUAGAGUCAAAAGGACAGCGUCAACAUAGUGUUGAAGAACACUCAAACUGUGGAUUGAUGUUGCUGAGUUUUUGCCCUUUCAAUGGGGAGAAAAAAAAACUAUCUUGCUGUCCUUAGUCACAACUGAUACAGUGUGUACAUUUGUGACAAAUCAAAAGAGAACUGUUCAAUUAGCACUAUUAUUAUUAUUAUAGUUUAAAAAGAAACAUUUUUAUGAGGAAAUUAAAGCCACGUGUAUUUGGAACAAGUUUUAAAAAAGUGGGAAGAAACUGUUCAGUUUAGAAUUUACCCUUGUGCUCCCAACAAUCUCAGCUAAACAGUGGUAUUCAAAUUUAAGAAAAGAGCUACAGCAGUGUUAAAUGUGUUAUCUGAAGGAUACAGAGGUAACGUGUAGAAUGUGUGGGGAAAAUGCUUUACAUUUUUCUCAGAUGGCUUAGCAAAUGAAAUGAGUUAAUGGACAUGUUUUCAUGUUCAGUGGAAACAAAACAGUUUUAUUGUAGGUUAUAGAAGUUAAGCUUUUGUCUCAACUGUUUGUUCUAGAAGGAAAUGGUUAAUUUUCAACAACCUCUCCCGAGGUUGCAAUAUCUCCUUUGGUUCACUGCUGUUCAGAAGUUGAGGAACAAAAUCAAAAUUUAAUCUCCAGUCUUUCUUUGGAGGAUAUAAGUAAAAUACUAUUUUGCAUUGAAAUGCCUCUACAGAGAAAAUCAUUUUCCCCAGAAAUAAUGUGUAUGGCUUUGACAGUAAGUUCAACUUUUAUUUAGUGAAUAAAUUUUGUGCAGGUAUCAUUUCUAAAGAGUUACUUAGAAUAAUUUGUUUUGAAUCUGUUUUCCAAACUUAUUUAUUAGAGCCAACUGUGCUAUUUUGAUUUGGUUUGGUAGAGUUUGUAAUGUUACGUUUUGAGAGCACCUCAAACUUAUUUGAAAAGGCUGAUCUUUUAAGGUAGUAAUUGUCCUGUUAUCAAAAUUGCUGUACUAAUUUUACAAAUGUUUUUGAGUAUUGAUUCAGCAAACAAUCGUACAUUCAUUGGUUAUGGAAUUCAGGCAUAGUUUCAGUGAAACUUGGCUAAGCUAUGUUUUUUUUAACCUGUUUUCCUUUUCUCUGUUUGAAUAUUGCUCAGUUUAUUUUGUCCCUUUCAAAAAGAGUUUGAGCAGUUCUCUACCAGUCCUGCUCUUUGCCCCUUUUUUUUUCCUUCCCUAUAGUAAGCAAAUGGUUUAUGCCUGGGUGGUGCGAAGUACAAAAACAAGUAUGGAAAUACAGAUCGGACUGGAAACUUAAUGGUCAAGUUUGCAUUGUGUUACUUUAUUACUUUGUUUUAAAGUUCAGCUGUAUUCUGUAUACCACAGCUGAUGACAGCAUAGCUUGACAUUCCUGAAACUAUAAACUGUGUGGUCUGCUUUCAUUGCUCAUGUGAACAUAAAAAUAAUGAAAUGAUAGGCUUGUGUAUUAAAGAAUGCCACCUGUGUAUUUUGUCCUUCUAUCUACCAGCUUAUCCUACAUUCCAUCAUAUCACACUGGUACAUUUCCAUUACUACUUAUUUGGAAUUUUCCAUCUCUUGAUAGGGCUUUAAUGUGCCAUACAAUGUGAACUAGAAAUGUUGAGACUUUUGGAGCUUACUGUACAAUGAUCUUGUGUACAAAAUUUUAUUCAGGAAAGUGCUGAACUAAAUUGGUCUCAUACUGUGAAUUUUAUGGGUACAUUAAAAGUUAUAACCUGAAGAUACUUCCAGUAGGCACUUAAAGUCUAAAAGCAAGCAAGUCUUUACCUCCAAAAUGUAUAGCCUUGAAAUAUUUGGGUGAAUUAAUAAA